UGGCCACGUUAGCACCGCCUUCACAGCACUACUCCUGUACAGAGAACUCUCUCGCUCCCCCCCUAUAAAUACGGAGCUCGAUCGGCGUGUUUUUCUUCCCAUUCGGUGACGGAACCAAGCAAAUUCUCUCACACACAAAAAAAGAAGAAGCAAAUCACUCGCAAAAAAGAAAAAGCAAAUCAAACAAUGGGGAAGAAGAAGAACAAGAGCAACAGCGCCCAGAAUACGAACGAGAAGGAGACGAAGAACGAGAACGAGAACCAGAAGAAGGAAAAUGGCGAGGGAGAGAAGAAGAAGAAGGAGGCGGGUCCGGUUCCGGUGGUGUUGAAGAUCCACAUGCAUUGCGACGGCUGCGCUGGCAAGAUUAUACGAUGCGUUCGCAGUUUUGAAGGCGUGGAGACGGUGAAGGCGGACCCGGAAUCCAGCAAACUGACGGUGGUCGGGAACGUGGAUCCGACAAGUCUCCGGGACAAGCUGGCCGAGAAGUCCAAGAAGAAGGUGGAGCUGAUCUCCCCGCAGCCCAAGAAGGACAACAAGGCGGACGACAAAUCCGACCAAAAACCUGAGAAGAAAGCUGACGAAAAAAAACCCAAAGAGCCUCCGGUGACGACGGCGGUUUUGAGGGUGGUGCUACACUGCCAGGGGUGCAUGGACAAGAUUCACAGGACUGUUACGAAGACCAAAGGUGUGGAGAGCAUGGAGGUUGAUAAACAGAAAGAGCUGGUGACCGUGAAGGGUACCAUGGAUGCCAAGGCCUUAGCUCAAAGCCUUCAGGACAAGCUUAGGAGGCAAGUGGAUGUCGUGCCACCAAAGAAGGAGAAAGCAGGGGAGGGUGAGAAGAAAGAUGACGGCGGCGGCGGCGGCGGCGGCGGAAAGAAGAAGGGCGGUGGAGGAGAUGCCGGGCAGGAAGAAGCUGCUGGUGGUGGUGGUGGUAAUGCCAAAGGUGAUCAAGGGAAUAAAAUGAUUAUGGCACCAUCCGGGUACGGGAACAUUGGGUAUGGAAAUGGGUACCCAUACCCGUAUGAGAAUGGGCAUGGGUAUGGGCAUGGGUAUGGGCAUGGAGGGUUUGUGGGGGAUCACAUGCAUGCCCAUGGAUAUGGGCAUGGAGGGUUUGUGGGGGAUCACUUGCACCCCCCGCAAAUGUUCAGCGACGAAAACCCCAAUGCCUGCUCUAUCAUGUGAGGGAAGGGGGGGAGAUCAAUAUAUGAAAUAGAAAUGUAAAUAAAGAGAGCAGACAGACAAAGUAGUAGGUGAUGGAAAGACUGGGUGGGUGGGUUUCAAGGCUUGACCCAAAUUGGUCUGCCCCGGUUGUCGGACUGAGGAGGAGUUGAUUGUUUUUUUGUUUAGUCCCAAUAGCCUCGUUGGACAGUUCUUGAAUAUUCAGGAUAUUAUCAUGUUUUACUUUAUGUUGUUCAUCAGUCGUUAUAUUGAUUCUGUUCAAUACAAGUGAUAUUUUGUUUACAAA